CGUUCAACAUGUCAACAUGGCGGACCCACUGUUCGGUUUCAGUUCUGAGAUUCCGGCGUUUGAAGACGAAGCAUUGUCUGAAUUGGACCCAUCGCUGACGAAUCUCGCAGAAGGAGAUGAAUAUGAUCAACUAAACGACGACACAUUUGGUGACGGAGCAUUGGAAGAUGAUUGGGAAUUUGGUCACAGAAAACUAGCAGGUUUGCCAGUAGAAGAUGAAGCUUCAGAAAGAGCCCAAUUUGAUGAGUGGCUUAAGAAAAAGGGGCUUGGAUCAACAGGUGACGGUCCUGAGGCAAAGUUUGUAGGAAGAAACAUAGAGGAAGAUUUUGAGGAUGAGCUGGAUCGAGAGGAGGAAAUUCUUGAGCAGAACUUGACAAAACUGGUAGAUGAUGAUGAUGGUGACUCUAUCCCUGUACCUAAAACUUCUUCCAAGUAUAAGGACAUCAAGUACCCAUCAGGCACGAAUCCAGCUUGGGAUGGCACAUCACCUCUCUCAAGUCCAACUUCAACUACUUCCUUACAUGAUCUGAUCUCUCCAUCUUCAAAUAUUUGGGGAUCACCUAAACUUGACAAGGAAAACACCAACAAAGGACCAGCUAAUACUCAGUCACCAUUGACAGAGCUGCUUAAGGCAGAGGGCAAAAAGAAACAUGUGCAGAGAAGGCCUUUUUCACCAGCCUUUGAGGACGACUCAAUUGUCCAGGCUGUGCCUCGCCAAACUCUGGUACCACCAAGUCGUUUCACAACAAAGCCUCAUCCAGUUAAUGCUAUCAAAUUAGAAGAUCUGGAAAAGGAACUCACAACAGGUCGUGAAGGUGCCCCUCAGCAAGUUCCAGAUGCAGUUCGGCAAACACCUCAUAAUUCCAUGAUAGGACGACCACCUCCUGGCAUUCCUAGGCCAAUGAUGACACCCCCAGGUUUCUCUUCUCCAGCACCAAGGAUGAGUACCCCACGGAUGCCUCCCCAGAUGUUCCAACAAAGACCUAGUCCAUCAAAGCAUCCAAUGCCAAGUAUGUCUGGAAUGACUGGAAUGCCUAGAAUGCCUGGCAUGCCCAGUAUGCCUGGUAUGCCAGGCGCAAGCCCUCACUUGAUGAGGACACCGAGAACACCACAUUAUCCAAGACAUCCAUUUCCCAUAGUCCACUCAGAUCCUGGUCACCUGAUGAUGAGGGGAGGUAUGAUGAAUUUCCCAAUGAGUCCACAUCACCAAAGGUUCAGUAGCCCUCAGUUUCCAAACAGAAGAUUUCAGGACCCAAGACAGAACUAUCAAAGGCACCAGUAUGAUGGCAGAAUGUCAAAUGAUAAUCGCUCACCCAGACAGCAGGACAGAGGGGAACACCAUCACCAGUUUACUGAUUUAGAGAAGAAAAUUCACAGUAUUUUGACAGCAGCUGAAAGCGGCCCGAACCGAUUUGAUCCCUACGCUGGUCUAAUGACAAGACGAGAGAAAGAGUGGUUGAUCAAGAUUCAGCUUCUUCAGCUCACUAGCAAUGAACCAGAACUAGAUGAUUACUAUUUUCAGACAUACACCAGACGGAAGGCUGCAAAGGAACGAGCAAAGCAAAGUGAGGGUGUACAGCAUGAUGUUGAAGAUAACAGGGCAAGUAGAGCGCCAAGAAAUAUGGCCUUACCUCAGUUUGAACGAGAGAAAAAGAGCUACACCCCAUUGGACUUUCAAGGUUCUUUAGGGAAGGUUUCUUCAUCAUCUGUGCAGCAUCCAAGACAAAUGGUGGAUCUAAUGCACCUCAGUAAAGCAUAUGAACAGGAAAAGCAAGGAAGUUCAGCUCCUUUGAAGGACACGAAGCGACGCAGCCAGCUCUUACUUAACAUUGAAAAGAGUUACGAUUACCUUUUGAACAUUGAAAGCUUAGAAAAAAGGUUAAUUCAUGUGGAAGAAAAAGAAAGGAAUGAACUCUAUGAAGCCAGGCAAAGCAAUGUGAAGAAGCUGUUCGAUCUCUUAAACCUUUCUACGGAAGGUUCCUCAAAGGAUGAUGACGAACUCUUUGUGCAGUUCAUAUCAGUCCAUAAAGGAAAACGUCUUCUCAGUAGAGCUCUACCCUUAUUUAGCACGGUUCAAAUGGAAGCUGUGUUGAUGGCAAUUGCUAGGAAUAUUUUGGCACUAAUAAAAAGAGACAACACUGAACCGAGCUUGCAACAUUUAAUGGUUCCUCUUAAUCGAGCUUCUGAACUGGCAUCUCCUACAGUGGUAAUUCAGUGUCUUAAGGACAUAGUGUCUACACCUGGUAUCUCCGUCUCACAAGGGUCAUCACUUAGUGCAGUUCUUCUCAAUCAGUUUGGCGUAGGACUCCUGAGCAUACUGCUAGGGAGAGCAGUUGUGAUUUCGAACAGUCUCACUGAAUCAGAUGAUGAGAUGCUGAAAUCUUGGUUGAACAUUGUUUCUCAAGUUGCAAGCAAGUUUCAGGACAUACCAGUAAAACAGCUGGGAAGAAACCUUGAAGCCGCCGACAGAUUAGUCGCGCUAUUGUCAACCUGUACUGAUGUACAGACUAAAGCUUUAUUACAGGAACACUUAAGAUUGGCGGCUUCUGCUUAGUCAGAAAUCUCAGCUUAGGAUGUGACACUGCUGUUUUGGAAUAGACAGCAAAUAAACUCAAGCUAAUUGAAUUGAGAAUGGUUUUUGCGCGAGCUGUGACUCGCCAUAUUAUGCUUUUUGUUUGUUAUUAUUGUAUAAACUUUGCUCUGUGAAAUGUUGUAAAUACUGUAUCACCAAUUCUUGCCAAAUUUCUAUGUAAAAGGAAGUAUACACUCCCUAAAAGUAUAAGUGGGUUAUCAUGA